UCAACUUUUAACUUUUUUUCAACGUUUUGUCAUUUUUAUCAGUGUCACCUUUCACUGCUUUCAGUAACCCACUCUCUUCCCCAAAACCUCCCCAAACUCUCUAAAUCGUCUUCAAUUUUUUCCCAGAUUUUCUCUGAUUACGAAUCUCUAUUUAUUUAGCUCGCAAAUCUCAAUUUUCUUCUCUUUCUCUCUCCUAUUUACUUCAGAAUUUCUCAAUUUCCAGCUUUGUUGUUGGUUGUUGGCGAUUACCCAGCAUUGUGCAUGGUUGAAGGAUUUCCGAAAUUUUGAGUAAAAUUUGAGGCUUGUUGAGUUUGUGCUGUGAUUGCGAAGAGGUGAGGAUUUCAUGGCUCAUAGCUCUGAAGAGGAGGAUACUGACAUUAGUGAAUCUGAAAUAGAAGAGUAUGGAGACAAAACAUUCGAAGAGCUUAAGAAGGGAAGUUCCAAGCUGAAAGUCUCAGAAGAAAAGUAUACCUGUCCAUACUGCCCGGGGAAAAGGAAGCGGGACUUUCUCUACAAAGAAUUGCUUCAACAUGCUUCAGGGAUUGGAAAUGCAAGUUCAAAUAAAAAAAGGGCAAGGGAGAAGGCAAAUCACCUUGGGCUUGCUAAAUUUUUGGAAGAUGAAGUGCAAAGUCAAGCUAGCUCGUCGAAACAGGCUAAUGGUGAUGCUGCUGUAGUUGAUUGUGACCAUGAUGACAAGUUUGUAUGGCCUUGGACAGGAAUAGUGGUGAAUAUUCCUACUCGAUACAGAGAGGGCCGGUUUGUAGGGGAAAGUGGUUCAAAGUUGAGGGAUGAGUUGAGAGCUAGAGGGUUCAACCCCAAGAGAGUCCAUCCCUUGUGGAACUUUAGAGGCCAUUCUGGUACUGCUGCAGUGGAAUUCAACAAAGAUUGGCUGGGUUUGAACAAUGCAUUGGCAUUUGAGAAAGAAUAUGAACUAAAUCAACAUGGAAAACAGCAUUGGCAAGCAAAAGAUACUGAAAAGUUUGGGCUGUACGCCUGGGUUGCUCGUGCUGAUGAUUAUGAUUCACCUGGGAUUAUUGGGGAGCAUCUGCGGAAGAUUGGAGACGUGAAAACAGUGUCUGAGCUUGAAGCAGAAAUAGCUCGAAAGGCUGGCAAGCUUGUCUCAAACCUGACAACCGUGCUUGAAUCUAAGAAGAAGAGUUUGAAGGAAAUAGAGACAAAAUUUACUGAGACUUCCCAUAACUUCAACAAGCUGGCAGAAGAGAAAGACAAGCUUCAUCAGGCAUAUAAUGAAGAGAUUAAGAAGAUUCAGCUGAGUGCUCGAGAUCAUUUUCAAAAGAUCUUUAAUGACCAUUCCAAGCUUAAGCAGCAACUAGAAUCUGAGAAAACAGAGCUAGAUCUCCGUGUGCACGAGUUAGAGAAGCGUGAAGCAAAUAAUGAAACUGAAAGAAAAAAACUCCAAGAGGAGAUUGAAAAGAAUGCUGUGAAAAACGACUCACUUCAACAUGCAUCAAUCGUGCAACAAAAGGCUGAUGAGAAUGUGCUGAAGUUGGCUGAAGAGCAGAAGAAACAAAAGGAGGAUCUACACAAGCGGAUUUUGCAACUUCAAAAUCAGCUGGAGGCGAAGCAAGCACUUGAGCUGGAAAUUGAGCAACUAAGAGGGAAAUUAAAUGUGAUGAAGCACGUGGGUGAUGAAGGAGACAUGGAGGUAAUACAAAAGGUAGACUCAAUGCUCAAAGAUCUGCGAGAAAAAGAAGAAAGCCUAGAGGAGGUGGAGUCUUUGAAUCAAACUCUUGUUGUGACUGAACGCAUGAGCAAUGAGGAGCUCCAGGAUGCUCGUAAGGAAUUGAUAAAUGGUUUGAAAGAGAUGUCAAAUCGUGGCUUUAUUGGUGUCAAAAGAAUGGGAGAACUAGAUAGUACAGUUUUCCAGGAAGCUUGCAAGAGAAAAUAUCCUGAAGACAUAGCUGAAGACAAAGCUGCAGAGUUCUGUUCUUUGUGGGAUGAAUAUCUCCGGGAUCCUGAAUGGCAUCCUUUUAAGGUGGUUCGGGUUAAUGGUGAGCAUAAGGAAGUAAUAGAUGUUACUGAUGAGAAGCUGAUAGAUCUGAAGAGAGAGUGGGGUGAUGAUGUUUACGAUGCUGUUACAACUGCAUUGAAGGAAAUUAAUGAGUACAACCCAAGUGGUCGAUACAUUAUUACUGAAUUAUGGAAUAACAAAGAAGGCCGGAAAGCUACAUUACAGGAAGGAGUAUCAUAUAUAUUGAACAAAUGGAAGGAUUACAAGAGGUUUAGGGGUUGAACUCCAGCUGUCAAAUUUGGUGCAGAAAAUUAUUUCAUGGUGUAUAUCUUGUUGGACUGAUGCAGUUAUGAAAAUAUGAAAUUGGGUAAAGCAUGCAAAACAUUGGGCGUGACAGCUUCACAUGCAGGAGGCAUUUCGGCAAGCGGAAAUGUUUUCCAUUAAUAAUAUGUAUUGAAACAACAAUUUUUAUCCCCCUCACCCCUGUAAACCAGGCACCAGUUUCAUUCUAUGUUGGUGGCCUGGAAUACAGACAUUUAUUAUGGUGCAGUUAGCCUAGAAAAAUUGCUCUAAGGGUAUGGAACUUUAGACCAUAUCAUUUCCUGUUUGGACCGUGAUGAUUUGUCUGUACCAGAAAACUGGCUAUUAGUCUGUUCGAUGAUAAAAUUUGCAAUGUGAUGCUGUCUUAUUUCAUCCUAA